AUGAAUAAACACAAAAUAAAUAAUAGUAUAUAUAAUAAUUCAAAAGAAUUAACAAAAUAUGUUCAACCAAUAUAUGCUGAAAGAAUAAUAUCAAACUACACUAAAAAUGGACCUUACAAAUCAUUAAAUGAUUUAUUAAUAAAGACUAAUAUAGAUGUAGAUAUUUUGAAUAAAUUUUAUAUUUUAAUACUCAGUGAAAUUCAGAAAAAAAAAAUCAAAAAUGUAACACCUGAUAUCAGCGGAAUAAAAAUGCCAGAAAUGAUAUUGGGAAUACAUGUGGGACCUAAUGCAAUAAGUUGGACAUUAUUAAAUUCCAAUUUUAAGAUACUAAAUUGGGAUUGUUUUGUUUGGAGGAAUAAAACUUCAAAAAUUACAACUUAUGAUAUAAUUAGUUUGACAUCAUCUUUUGUACAAAAAUUAUUAGUAUCUAAUAAUAAUCUCACUUCCUUUGUAAUAGAAGAAAUUAACACAUCAAAAAAAUUAUAUAUACAAUAUCAAAUAAUCAUUGGUAUUGCAAGUUGUCUUAAAUUUUAUCAAAAAAAAAAUAAUUCAUCAAAUUUCUUAAAUAAUUUAUACAUUUUAAAAUCUCAAACAACAGCACAAUUCUUUAAACUUAGAAUUGGUAAUGAAACAAUAGCAGCAAAUUAUAUUUUGGAAAAAAUAUUAAAUAAAACAGAAACAGAUGAAAAUUUAAAACAGAUACAAAUAUAUAUAAAUAAUGAUAUAAAACAAAAAUAUAAAGAAAAAAUUGUAGAAGAAAGAGAACAAAUAGGAUGGUCUCUAUUAACAGCUUUAACUUUCGUACAUCUAGUUAAAAAUCAAUCUCAAAUAAAAUGUAAUUAAAAUAAUUAAUAAUUAAUAAAUAAUUGUUAUGAAUAUAAACUGAUAAAUGUUUUAUACAGUGUAUGUGAAAAAUAAAAAAGGAAU